UUUUUUUUGACAGCGUCUCUGUCGCCCAGGCUGGAGUGCAGUGGCAUGAUCUCGGCUCCCUGCAACCUCCGCCUCCCGAGUUCAAGUGAUUCUCAUGCCUCAGCCUCCCAAGUAGCUGCGACUACAGGCACACACCACCAUUCCUGGCUAAUUUUUGUAGUUUUAGUAGAGUUUCACCAUGUUGGCCAGGCUAGUCUCGAACUCCUGACCUCAAGUGAUCCGCCUGCCUUGGCCUCACAAAGUGCUGGGAUUACAGGCCUGAGCCACCGCACCCGGCCAACACUGGGAUCUUGUAGACUGUGCUGUUCAUUCAGGGUAUUCCCAAUGAGCACCUUGCUGAACCUUAAGAACAAACUUCUAGAUGUGACCCUCAAGACACAGAGACUAAAGGUGACACUGGCAUAUGUAGGCAGGCCAGACAUGCUGCAAAGCUGGGCACCCACCCCACCUUACCCUCUUCGCCAAGAGUAUGUAACCUCCUACUGAGCAUUGUUGUGAGAACUCAUUGUGCUGAGUUGUUUUUGUAUACUAUCCCAUUGAAACCUCACAACAGUCCUAUAGUAUAACUACUGUUUCCCUAUCUUACAGGUGCUUAGAGAGGUUAAUUCCAUAGCUGUUAAGGGGUACAUGUCCUACUGCCUGCAACUCCCUCCCGUGGGCCUUUGUCUCAGAUCCAGCUACCAUUCAGACUCAAGACCCCUGCAGGCUACACUGGGCAUGUCAUUAACUUUGAAGGCUGUCAGACAGGAAAUGGCCUGGCUGCAGAGCAGCGGGAAGCAGCCCUCUUCAGGGGAGGAGGGCAGUCCUCACAGAGCCUCCGGUCAUCAGGAGUUAUUCUCCUUGGUUGCCCAGGUGACAGCUCAGGUACAAGGGAAUGAGACACAUCAGGGAGAAGGGGUUGGUUCACUGUGGCUUAGAGGCAUCAUUCCCCAAAGGAGCUCAUAUCUUUUUGAACAACUCAAUAGGCAUAGCUUUCAGGGACCCCAUAAGCCACAUACCCAAUUGAGUCAUUCCACAUAGGACGCCCAACCUUAUGGCUUUUUAACAAGUGUUUAUAGUUCACACAGAAAACUCCAAGUGCAGAUAAUUUACAAUUAGGAAUCAUGUUUACCAUAAGUAAUGUUGCACUGAAACAGCUAACAUACUUUUAUCUGGUUUCCAGACAAAAAGAACUAGAAAGGUAACCAAAUGUCAAGUUCUGCAGGAAGGGAGAGGAUUAUUCACGUUGCCAUAACCUCUGGGGUCAAAAUUAAAUGUUUAAGAAGAAAGAAAAAAAACCCUCAACUUUGGAAAUUGUUUCAAAAGCCAAAAGCCUUCUAAUAGUGACCCAGAAUCAUUAAAAGCACUUGAACUGGCCUCAAACCCAGUGCACACAUGCUGCAGUGUUGGAGAGGCCACUCCAUGAACCCCAGCAGUCCAGUAGCCCACCAGGUGGAAAGGCACAGGUGACAGAGGUCUCAUGGCAUCAGCUUCAUGUGCUCACCCUCAAUGCUGGGACAAGGAGAUGACACUGACUUUGUGCUGAGCUCAGGAGGGAAACACCAAACACUUUGGGAGGUAACAGAGAUCUAGGCCCCACCUAAGGCUGAAUCCACGGGAGAGUGGGGCAUUUUUCUGGAACACUCUGCCCUCCCCAGCCGUGGCUCCACCCUGCCUGCUGGCCGUGGACUGCAUUGUCCAGACACUCUUUGUGGGGGUCUUAUGGGACUCCUUAAGAUCGAUCCCUGAGGUGUAGCAAUGGUGGGCCAAAUGGACACUGUUCCUGCCCUCACACUGGUGCCACACUCCCUCGUUGGGAAGAGCCUGAAGGUGAAUCACCCCUCCUUCUUUACCACCAAAACAAAAAGUGUGGGAAACCUUGAGAAGAGGGUCCCGACACUUCUUCCCUCAGCACAGCUUUUUGCAGCCUCUUUACCUAAGUACCCUGAGUCACUGGACAUGGUCUUGCCACCACAUUCCAUCAGGGCAGCGCCACAGCUUCCAGCCUCCAGCCCAGAGGCAGUCACAGCCGAGCAUCAGAAAUGUGGCUCUGUGCCUACAGUGCCAAAGCCACUGCAGGUGCUCACAGAGGCUGGCAGCCCACAGUACCCAGGGCACAGACACUAGGCUGGAGCCACUCAAGUCAAAGAUUCUCUGCAGUAACUGGGGCUGGGCCCUGUCCGAAGCCAGGUGGGGAUCUACAGGCUGGAGGCAGCACACUAGGGGAGGGCUUGAGACCGAGGGAGGCUGGAGUGAUGUGGGUCCCAGGACCUGGAAAGCUGUGUUUGUAACUCUCCUCCCCAGAGUUCGCUCUUCUUGAUCAUCCUUGUUUUCUCCUGCACCUGGCUGGGCUCAUUCCUCUUCCCUAUCCCUCUGCCCCUUGACUGGCCUACCUGGGCAAACAGCACAGAUUGUGAAGUGGGAGCUGUGGGGAAGAGGGGAUGGCAUCCCCGCUGUGGGUUCAGGGAUUGUGGCCAUGUGGGCCACCCAGUGGACACUGUCCAGAUAACAUGAAAAGAGGCCGUCCGCAGCGGCUCAGCUCUCUGCCCCUCAUCUUUGGGCCCCACCUCACAUUCAUAAAGAGGCUUAAAUUCUAGGGUUUUCUCCUCCAGUUCAAGAUGAGGUUUGCCAGUGAGGUCACAGACAUCCAGCAAGAGGGUUAACGGGGCUGCUUAUCCCCCCACUCGGAACCCACCACUCCAAGCUGCCUGCAGAGCACCUAUACUUUCUAAUACUAUUACCUAAUACUAGAGAGCCAGAGACACUAAGUAGAACUGAUAUUCAGCUCACAAGAAGGCUGUUAAAGGCACCAGAGAAAUACAUGAUGCAGUGGCUUAAAGAGACUGCCAGGAAGAGUGGAGAAAGUUGCUGCACUCAAGUCAAUUUGGGAAAUUUCAUGCAGAACAGCCACCCAACUCAUUUGUUCAAGGCCUCUAGGCCUCAGGUGGGUGGCAGGCCCUUUCCUGCUUGCCCUCUGCCCUCCCUCUCUCUGGCCCUGCCCAGUCUCUGCCAAUCUGUGUGCCUCCCAGGAGCCGGGACACUCCCUGAGUCCUCUGGGAGCCCUUAAGCCACACUGAGAACACAGACCCUGGGAGAAGCAGCCAGCAGUGAGGAAUCCUGGAACCCCUUCCCAGGGAGAGCCUUCCCAUGAUGCCCAUGAAGAGAUCAGUGCAAACACAGGUGUCAGAGCCCUUCAUGGAGUCCUGGGGUGAGGAGUCCCUGCCGGAGCUACCCGCAGAGCAGUCCCAGACGGAGUACUCUGACCUCGAGGAGGCUCCCUCGGCGCACACUCUCUAUGUGGGCCAUCUGAACCCCCAGUUCUCGGUGCCGGUGCUUGCCUGCCUGCUGCGAGACACCCUGGAGCGGCUGGAGAUGCCGGUGGCGCGGGAGCACAUUGAAGUGGUGAGGCGGCCGCGGAAGGCCUAUGCACUGGUGCAGGUGACUGUCCGCAGGGACACCCUGGCCUCCCUCCCCUGGCGCCUGCAGACGGCCCUGGAGGAGCACCUAAUCCUCAAGGAGCUGGCAGCCCGUGGGAAGGAGCUGCUGUUGAGUGAGGCCCAAGGGCCCUUCAGCCACAGAGAGGAGGAGGAGGAGGAGGACAGUGGCCUGAGCCCCGGCCCCAGCCCAGGCUCUGGUGUCCCGCUGCCCAUCUGGCCUACACACACGCUGCCUGAUAGGCCCCAGGCCCGGCAGCUGCAGAGCUGCCAGGGCCGGCCCAGCGGCGUGUGCUCCGACAGUGCCAUUGUGCACCAGCAGAUCGUGGGCACGGACCAGCUCUUCCAGGGUGCCUUCCUGGGCAGCGAGACCCGCAAUAUGGAGUUCAAGCGGGGUAGCGGCGAGUACCUCAGCCUGGCCUUCAAGCACCACGUGCGGCGCUACGUGUGCGCCUUCCUCAACAGCGAAGGCGGCAGCCUGCUCGUGGGAGUAGAGGACAGCGGCCUGGUGCAGGGCAUCCGCUGCAGCCACCGUGACGAGGACCGCGCACGCCUGCUGGUGGACUCCAUCCUGCAGGGCUUCAAGCCUCAGAUCUUUCCCGAUGCCUACACUCUCACCUUCAUCCCUGUGAUCAGUACCUCGGAGACCAGUGUCCCCCUCAAGGUGAUCCGCCUGACCGUGCACACCCCCAAGGCCCAGAGCCAGCCGCAACUCUACCAGACAGACCAGGGGGAGGUGUUUCUGCGGCGCGACGGGAGCAUCCAGGGCCCACUGUCCGCCAGCGCCAUCCAGGAGUGGUGCAGGCAGAGGUGGCUGGUGGAGCUGGGCAAGCUGGAAGAGAGGGUGAAGGCGCUGACGAUGGAGAAGGAGCAGCUCCAGCAGCAGCUGCAGCAGCACGGGCCUGUGUCCUGCACCUGCUGUGUCCUGUGAGGGCCCUGGGGAGCAGGCAGGAUGGCAUGGCGCUCUCCAUCUGAGACCCAGGGAUUUCCUGUUUGAGUGUAAGGCCGACCAGUAAAGCCCAUGCGGGCCGCUGAGAGGCGGACAGGGACUCCUUCAACAUGGCACAUGAGCAGGCGCCCAUGUGGCUUCAACCCUGACAGACCCAUCUGUGUAGCCAAGAAACUGCUCUCAGCCCUGUCCCCAAAUGACCUUACUUUUAGAAAUAAUGUGUAAAACCCUGCCCAGAGCUCCCCUAGGGCUGAGCUAUAAGGGAUUGUCCUUCUCCCUAAAAUGCUCAUUUGGCCCAGGCUGAGGUCUGUGACUCCAGUUGGCUAGACAGUGUCAGAAAAGAAUCUGUCAUCUCAGGAAAGCCCCUCACAGAUGGCGAGGCAUAUUUGGUGACUGUCGUUACAGGGCAAGAGGCCACCCUGCAGCCCCUACCCCUGAUUUGCUGGAACUUGUGACUGUCAAAGCUCCAUUAAUAAAUUACAUGCACCUGGGACAAGAAUGGUUCUUUCUAGGAC